AUGAACUUUGACCUUGUACUGGCUCGGUUUUCUCUCGGCACCAGUAGCACUUACAUUGAUAGCAGUCGUAUCGCGGAGACCAUGGAUGAGCUUACUCCAGAACGCCUCACAAACAACAGCUACACUGUGGGGUGGAUCUGCGCUUUGGACGUGGAGUUGGCAGCAUCAGUGGCAAUGCUGGAUUAUGAGCACCCGAAACUUUCUCAGGUUCAAGGAGACACAAACACUUAUGUUCUAGGCCAAAUCGACCAGCAUAAUAUUGUUCUUACAUGCCUCCCAUCGGGAACAACAGGGACAAAUGCUGCGGCCAAUGCUGCAACUAACAUGCUGCGCAGUUUUCCAAGCAUCCGCUUUUGCUUGAUGGUAGGCAUUGGAGGCGGCGCUCCAAGUGUUUCCAGUGAUGAUCCGUGUGGAGAUAUCCGGCUUGGAGAUGUAGUUAUUAGCUGCCCAUCGGCAAAUUCCGGUGGCGUUUUGCAAUAUGACUUUGGCAAAACGAUGAGCGAAGGCAAGUUUAUUCAGACGGGCGUUUUGAACAAGACGUCAAUAGUAUUAAGCAGUAGCGUUUCAACUUUGCGAGCGCGCCAUCGAAUAGAAGAAAGCCGUAUUCCUCAAUACAUUGCUCGUAUGCUUAAGUCGAACAGAAAGAUGCAAAGAGAAUUUUCCCAUCCUGGCUUGGAGCAUGAUCAACUAUUUCGAGCGGACUACGAACACCCAAAUGGAGCACCAACUUGUCACUCUUGCGAUAUAGAAGUCUUAUUACUCCGAAAAUCUCGCGGAAAUACAAAUGCAAUAAUUCAUUACGGCCUUAUUGGCUCGGCAAACCAAGUUAUGCGACAUGGAGCAACUCGAGAUAAGCUUCGUGACGAGAAGAACAUCAUCUGUUUCGAGAUGGAGGCUGCUGGGCUUAUGGAUGUCUUCCCUUGCCUCGUUAUCCGGGGAAUUUGCGAUUAUGCAGACUCGCACAAGAACAAAAAUUGGCAGCCGUAUGCUGCAGUAACGGCGGCCGCUUGUGCCAAAGAAGUGUUAUUAGCUACGCCAGCCUCCGAGGUUCCUAUAAAAACGUUUUUCACUGGAGAGGCUAUAUACAAUAUGCUUCAAGCCACUUUGGACAAGGUCAAAUGGGAUCAGUUGCUGGAAUUGCUUCCAUUACGAGACGAGGCACAUCAUGAAUAUCUGGAAACACCCGAAAACUACUAUAAUCCCGUAUUUUAUUGGGCAUUGAGAAAUAUAGACUUUAAGCAAUGGAGGCUAAAUCAGGGUCCUCGUGUUCUUUGCAUCACGGGCCAUCCAUCGGCACGAAUCCUCGAUCAGAUCUCAUUUUACGUUGUGGACCGAGAAAAGGCGGCCGGUAACUCUGCUCUGCUCCUGUUUUGUUCAAGCAUAAUUGCUGGGACAAGUAUCACUACGUUCUUUCUCAUGUUGCUUCUGGAGCUAGUACAUUGCUCACCAGAAGAACAGAGAACUUCAAUCACCCGACUCUUCUUCAGUAAGCUACUAGAAACCCUUGACGUAGGUAUUGAGGACUGGGAGGAAGAGAAGUUCAACGAAGAAACCUUCUUGAAAUAUAUGAAGAACAUUCUAAAAAACGCAACAACUUGGAACGUGUUCAGUUCAUUGAAGACAGCAUUCGGCAUUGAAAGGCAAAGGCGUUUGCUAAUAGUGAUCAGCAAUCUAGAUGCAUUCGAAUCUGUGAAUGAACCUGAUGGCUAUGUUCUUCCGCUCAUAAAAGAUCUUCAGCAACAAAAUGCGAACAUCAAGAUACUGCUCACAAGUUCGGAAAGAUUUGACACUACACAAUAUUAUAAAGGUUUUAUGCAUAUUGAACAUAAUAAAGAAAGACAAGAGUGUUUACGAAGUCUUCAAUUUGAUAACACCCGAUACGAUAAGAUUACGAAAGAACACGAGGGAUCUUUUGGAUGGAUCUGGUCACAUGAUGAAUAUAAAACCUGGUCGGCCUCUGAUACUUCCAGACUCUUAUACAUCCAAGGAAAACCUGGCAGUGGCAAAAGCACCCUCAUGAAGUAUUUCAACCAGAAUCUGCUCCUUAAGGAACCGGCGGCUCAACGAUCCAUUGUGGCAAGGUUCUUCUACAGUUUCAGAGAUGGCGAACUUCAAAGAAGUCACUAUAAUAUGCUUUUAUCGAUUUUAUACGAGAUUUUGUACCAAGACGAAGGCUUUUUCUACCAUCAUUGCCAGGCCGAGUAUCGGGCCCAUCGGCAUAGCGAACCUCAUUUCAAGUGGAGUUAUGAUUCACUGAAGAGAACUCUCAAAUCUUUACAAGACUACCGGACGAACAAACGAUAUUACUUAACCAUUGAUGCGAUAGAUGAAUCGGAAGAAAAAGAUAGGCGUGAAAUUCUUGGCCUACUCUUCGAUUUAUGUUCUGAAACAAAACAUUCCGUUGUGAAGAUAUUCAUGGCCAGUCGUCCAGUUGCACAGCUUGAAGCUCGCAGAGGUCAAUUCCAUAACUUCAUAAAUUUGGAUGAUGAAACAAGAUUCGACAUUUAUAACUAUGCGCAGUCGCAACUCCACAGUCUCAAUUCAACAAAUCUCCUUUCCCAGGCAACUGCAUACAUGCUGCAAAAUGCUCAAGGAGUGUUUCUGUGGGUAAAGUUGAUAAGUGAACAAUUAAUAGAGGCUCAUGAGGAGGGCUAUUCGGAAGAAGAAGUAUUUGAGCUUCUUAAACGGCUUCCUACUGAACUUGAAGACUUUUACUGCCUCAUGCUGGAGAAAAUGAAGCAUAAUAAGUCGUCUCUUUCGCAUGCGGCCAAAAUAUUUCGAUUUAUUCUCUUUGCAAGGCGCCCUCUCACGGUUGACGAAGUUCUUCACGUCAUUGGUAUUUCAAAUAGCGUUGACUCCAAUACUACGUUUAUUCCUUCUGAUGUCUCAUUCGAAAGGUUCAUUCCGUCAUCCGAGAGGAUUAUUCUUUCAAGCGGAGGCAACUUUCUAGAAAUCAAGAUGCAGAAUGGCAACAAGAUAGUUCAGUUUAUGCAUCAGACCGUUCGCGAAUUUUUCCUCAAUCCCCAUGGGCCAGUCGCGAAUUCAGAAUUCUGGGUAUCUGAUAAGUAUGCACAUAUUAACAUAGCUGUUACUUGUAUCCAAUAUCUUUCGGUAUGCGUCACAAAUACCUCUCUAGCGGAGGAAUUUCCUGAUGUCAACAACUGGGAUACAACACACUAUCGAGAUUAUUGCCAUUAUCUCAAUAGAAGACCGCUUGCAGCAUAUGCUCUCGGCUACAUAGGAUCCCACGUUGAGAUUUGUGAACCGAGCUCCAAUAUUGAAUAUGCCACUUCUCAACUUAUCGAGCACUUGACUGAAGUCACUGCCGGUGCUUACUUGCUGGAGAGUUGGGCCUGUUCUGGGCUACGACAGGGCUUUUUGAGCACAAGAAAUACACAGGGCGCUGUGGCAAUGGCUUUUAAAUGUGAAAUACUGCGAUAUUCAUCUAUUCAUGGACUUAGAAUUGCGACUGAACUCGCUUUACUCGCGGAAACAGUUACCGAUUUCCAGGAUAAAGACGGUCGAACGCCACUCUCUUUGGCCGCUGGGAGCGGGCAUGAAGCUAUUGUGAAGUUACUGCUCGAUAAAGGCGCCAAGGUUGAUUCAAACGAUAAUAAUGGCCUGACGCCUCUUUCGUGGGCUGCUAUAAACGGACAUCGAAAUAUUGUCAUAUGGCUUUCAGAGCAUGGUGCUUCUACUGAUCAGUCAGAUAAUCAUGGUCGAUCACCGCUGUCGUGGGCUGCUGAUCAAAAUCACCUGGAUAUUGUCAAAUGUUUAGUCGAGAAAGGCGCCUAUAUUAACAGGGGGGAUCGGUUCGGCAGAUCGCCAUUAUUCUUGGCUUCUAAGCACGGCCACUUGGCUAUUGUUGAAUUUCUGUUCAACAAUGGUGCCAUUAUUGAACAUGUCGAUAAAUUAAACAUUACGCCGUUUUCAUUUGCUGCUGAGAAAGGCCACUUAGCUAUUGUUAAAUUUCUAGCUAGGAAGGGUGCCGUUACCGACAGACGGAAUCAGUUUGGCAGAACCCCCCUUUCAUUGGCUGCUGAGCACGGUCACUCAGCUAUUGUCAAAUACCUCGUUGAGCAAGCUGUCAGUAUGGAAACUCGCGAUAAUAGCAAAUCGCCGCUUUCAUGGGCUGCUGCGCGCGGCCACCUAGCUAUUGUCAAAUUUCUGACUGAGAAAGGUGCCAAUAUUGAAAACACUGAUUGGUUUGGGCUAACACCCCUUUCAUGGGCUGCUACAUAUGGCCACUUGGCUGUUGUUAGGCUCCUGAUUGAGAAAGGCGCUUGUAUCAAUACCAGAGAUGCUUCUCAUAAAACGCCCCUUUUUUUGGCUGUCGAACACAAUCAUCUUGAUGUUAUUAAGUUCCUAGCUGGGAAAGGUGCUGCUACUGAGAUUGGUGAUGAUAGUGGUCGAACGCCGGUUUCAGUAGCUGUUGAAAACAGCCGAUUGGACAUUGUUAAGUUUCUAGCUGAAUUGUGUUAA